GAUUUUCUUUUGCCAUGGUCAACGGUACAGCCACUCACUAAUACGUUUCCUCUGUUGCCUCUCACUCCCUGCUUUAAAACCCUGCUCGAGCAAAGAGAGAAUCCACCGUGCGCCAUGGCGCGGACCAUCGUACCCCCGACCCUCCUCCUCGUCCUCCUCGCCGUCGUCGUCCCUGUCCUCCUAACUCCGACGCCCCUCCGCGCCGCUCCAUUCCAGCCCGCCUGCACCGACGAUCUAGCCCCGAUCCGCCGCGAGGAGUACGGCGGUGGGCGCAUCGUGGACAUCACCCACGCCAUCCAUCCGGACAUGCCCAAGUGCGAGACGGCGCACGGCAUCGGCCGCUUCCUCUGGCUCCGUCUCUCCAUGGCCAACGGCUCCAUUGCCAACUUUUCCGAGCUGAAGCUCUCCACCCACACGGGCACCCACAUUGACGCCCCGGGCCACUUCUACCAGGAGUACUUCGAGGCCGGGUUCGACAUCGACAGCCUCGACCUCGGCGUGCUCAAUGGUCCAGCAUUGUUAGUUGAUGUUCCAAGAGAUAAGAACAUAACAGCUGAGGUAAUGGAAUCUCUGCAAAUUCCCAGAGGGGUUCGUCGAGUGCUUUUAAGGACACUAAAUACUGACAGGCAGCUUAUGUGGAAGAAAGAGUGUGAUACAAGCUUUGUUGGUUUCAUGAAGGAUGGUGCACAAUGGUUGGUAGAUAACACUGACAUCAAACUUGUUGGGAUGGACUAUUUAUCAGUUGCUGCAUAUGAUGACCUUGCCGCCUCCCACUUGGUUUUUCUCAAAAGCCGGGAAAUUAUCCUUGUCGAAGCCUUAAAACUGGACAACGUCAAGCCUGGGAUAUACGACUUACGUUGCUUGCCUCUCAGACUACGUGGAGCUGAGGGCUCGCCGAUCAGGUGCAUCCUUAUCAAAUAGCAAGUUUCAUAUUAAGCUUGCAAAGGAGAAAUACUGCUACACUUGAUGCCUUUCACACAACAUUCUGGUUAUGUCAUUAGCUUCAUACUAUGCCUUUGGUUAAAGUUUCAUCCUGUGUGGAAAAUAAAAUUGCCUGGUCAGAUCUACUACAUGCUACAAGCCUGCAACUACCUAAAUGUAAAGAGAAAAAUGUUUAUGUAUGUAGCAUCUUAUGUUAAUAAUAAAAUGUGUAAUUAGCCUAUCUAAUGGCGGGAAAAGUUGUGCUCUGUACCAAAAGUAAUUACUAUCACAGCAAAUGUAUGUAUGUACAUGAUAUCAGGAAUACAUAAUGUAUAUAUAGAAAUCUUUAUUAUCAACUCAUAUUUGUGGUAA